AUGGUCGUGCUUGGGGGGCUGUGCUGCCUCCUUGCUGUCGCCGUGGGUUGCGUGCCUCGAAUUGAGGCUUUUCUGUCUGCGCCGCAGCGCUGCUGCUCUGCGGCCGUCUGCACGCCUGGACUGGGGAAAGUCUGCCCCCUCAGUUCCCCCCUGCAUCUGCCUUUUACGAAAGAAACGGCAAACAGCGGCGUGCGCGCAUCGCCUCUAAAUCGAAAGCCAGCCCUCUCCCACUCUGACUCUGCCGAAUCCGCUUCUGCCCAACCAGGCAGCACUGCGGCCGUAGCAACAGCAACAGCAGAAACAGAGGGAAAUGAGGGAAUCCCCCGAGAGUUUGCAAACGAGCUGAUAGAGAGCUUUGGACUCUAUGCCGUCUCCACCAUUCAUGCAAGGGCUCUCCCAGACACCCGGGAUGGUCUCAAACCGGUUCACAGACGGAUCUUGUUUGCAAUGCAGCAACUAGGCCUGAACCAUAGUGGGCCGUUCAGAAAAAGUGCAAGGGUUGUAGGAGAAGUUCUUGGAAAAUUUCAUCCGCACGGAGACAAAGCCGUCUAUGACGCCCUCGUCAGGCUGGCGCAGCCGUUCGUCUCGCACUUGCCGCUUGUGGAAGGCCACGGAAACUUUGGCUCGGUGGAUGGAGAUCCCGCGGCUGCAAUGCGAUACACGGAGUGCAGGCUCUCCGCCUUCUGCCAGGACGCGCUCUUUAAGGACUUGCACACGUCGGCGUGUAGCUUUCGCCCAAACUUUGACGCAACGGAGGUAGAGCCGGAGUGUCUGCCUGCCCGAGUUCCUCUCUUACUGCUGCAAGGGACGGCGGGAGUUGCAGUGGGCCUGGCAACGAGCCUGCCGCCUCAUAACUUGAAGGAGGUCGUCGCCGCUUGCAUCGCGCUUAUCGAUAACCGGCGCCUUCCCGACAGCUCGCUAUACCGCCUUCUACCAGCACCCGACUUCCCCACAGGAGGCUUGCUGGUGGAGGGUAGCGCAGCGGCUUUGGCUUACAAGGAGGCAUCUACGGAAUGCGCAGCCGUACGAGAUGAGAGCGACUUUUCCGGAAUUCGCGUUGUCUUCGAGCUUUCGCCUGAAGUGCCUCCCCGUGAGGCCUGGAAACACUUGCUGGCACGGACGCCGCUUGAGGUGUCUGUACAGUGUAACUUUGUGGCCCUGAAAGACGGGAAGGAACCUCAGAGGCUUUCUCUUAGGGGACUUUUAGAGGCGUGGCUGGAGGCGAGGCUGAAGGCUGUGCGCGCGCGCACUCAACGGGAAGAGGAGUUGCUGCUGGAGGAGCAGCACCUAUUAGAGGGCCUGACAAAGGCCGCAAGCUGCAGCAAUGAGAUCAUCAAGCUGCUGCAAGACAGCGCGGAUGCGGCUGAGGCAACUCAAAAGCUUACAGAGCGUCCGUUUGCGUUCACGGAACGCCAAGCUCAAGCAUUGCUGCGCAUGCGUCUCUCCAGUUUGCUGCGGUUACAGCAGCAACAGCAACAACAGAAGCUCGAAGAGACGCGCCAGAAGGCCGUAAAGCUUCGGCACCUCCUUUCGGAUGAUAGGGAGCUGUAUGGAGUUAUCAAGGAGGAGCUUCUUGAGGUGGCCACGAAGUAUGGAGUACCAAGAAAGACGCGAUUCCUCCGAGGGGGCCCCCCGGGGAGUUCGCAGGCCAUCGAUGCUGAUGCCAUCCUUAAUGGGGGGAGAGACGAGAGUGCAGAGACACCCAAGGAUACAAAGAGCUACCUGCUACUCGUCACUGAGGGCGGCCUGUACAAGAGAAUCCCUGAGGCUGCGCUUAGCCUCCAACGCAGAGGCUCGACGGGCCAGCGCUGUCAGAGUGCGGGGGGAGUACGUGCAGCUGCAGGCACCAAGUGGACAGUUGAGGCUUCACAGUCGCUAGACACUACCAGCCGGAGCAGCAGCAAGAUGAGCGCCGUUGUAGCAGCAACGGCGUGUCGAGACAGCGACUGGCUUAUGCUCAUCUGGAGAGACGGGCGGUGCCUGUCUCUAAGGGGCCAGCAGCUGCAACGUCAUGGUCUAAAGGCCUCUGGGUCGCCCCUUGCUGCUGCAGUCUACAGCUCGCGCCGUCGCGUUACGGGCAAGGCAGCAGCGGCAGAUGGUACAGGGGAGGCAGGAGAUGUGGCAGGAGAGGGGCUGUGCUGCGUGGUGCAAGUGAACAGCGGCGAGACAGACGGCCGGCUGGUAGUCGCUACGCAGAAGGGCCUAGUGAAAGCUGUACCUCUGCGCCUGCUACUGCCCUCUGGAACGGCGAGGAAGCAGCGCCUCAGACGACUGCUGGCCCUCCGACGUGGAGAUCAGGUUGCAGGCUGUGUAACUAUAUCGGAGGGUGGGCAGCAGAAGGGGGGAGCCUCUGGAAAAGAAUCGUCAGAGGGCCUUAAGGACGAGGCUGCAAACGGCCCCACAGAGCAGCCAGCUGCCCUUCUCCUUGGGGAAUCUAAGGAGAAGGGGUUCGCGCUGAAGAAGCGCAAACUCGCUCACGACGAGACGCGCGAAAGAGACACGCUCUCCCCACCAGGAGGUUGCCAUCUUGAGCCGAGGCGGUUUCCUCGCGCGGCUAGAGGUGGCUUCUGUCCCGUUACACAGCAACAAGCGCUCGAGAGGUGCAACCCUCCUGAAGCUGAAGGAGGGGCAGCGGCAGGCAGCUGA